AUGGCGUUCUUGAAUGCUCACCAGCUGGCCUUCAUAUUUGGUCUCUUAGGCAACAUCGUGUCCUUUUUGGUGUUCUUGGCACCAAUACCGACAUUUUACACAAUCUACAAGAAGAAGUCGUCGGAUGGGUAUCAGUCGAUACCCUAUGUGGUGGCACUUUCGAGUGCAUCACUGCUCUUGUACUAUGGAGUCCUCAAGACUAAUGCCACCAUGAUCAUCAGCAUCAAUGCCAUUGGCAUCGUCAUUGAAUCCGCCUAUCUUCUUCUCUUCUUGAUCUAUGCCUCCACCAAAGAGAAGAUGUACACAGCGAAGUUGCUGCUGGUGUUCAAUGUAGGAGGUUUCGGAGUGAUGAUGGCACUGACCAUCUUUCUUCUCAAGGGUCGGCAGCGCAUCAACGCCGUUGGAUGGAUCUGCGCGGCCUUCAAUCUGGCUGUGUUCGCCUCGCCUUUGAGCAUCAUGAGGAGGGUGAUAAAGACCAAAAGUGUGGAGUUCAUGCCAUUCUUUCUGUCCUUCUUCCUGACCCUCUGUGCCAGCACCUGGUUCUUCUAUGGACUCUUCGUCAAGGACAUGUUCAUUGCUCUACCAAAUACACUGGGAUUCUUGUUUGGCAUCACUCAAAUGAUCCUCUACGUGAUAUACAAAGAUGGCAACAAGAAAAUGGCAGAGACAAAUGAGAGCAACGAUCAACAAGAAGUGUCUCUAGACAUGAAGAUGCUGACUUCCAUCCAUAGUGCGAAGCAGUCCACAACUUCACAGCACCAACCACAAGUCACAGAAAUGGAUGUCUUUCCCACUGGCCAACCAAUUGAAUCAAACAACAACGUUUGAUGAAUCCAUAUCUCUCUAACAAGCCAUAAACAAGCAAAUAAUCACCCAGACAGUUGGGGUCUUAAAAACUAUGGAGUGUGACUUUCUUUUGCAUUUUAUUUGUCUUUAUUGCACUAAGGGAGUUACUGUUACUUUGUACGAGA